AUGGCAACCUUCUAUCGUCCAGGAAUAUCCUCCGGCCUUUUCCGCCCUCAAAACCUCGUCCGAGUGCAAAAACAGCAGUGGGCACAUGCCUGCACCCGUACCUCCAUCAUCGUCACACCUACUCGCCAAAAAGCCAAAAACCAAUCUGGCCCCAGCACCAUGAGCCACUUUAGACCGCGCAAUUUCCGGCUCUCGCCACUUCUUGCGAGCGCCGUUCGCUCUGUGCACACAAACACAUUCCCGGCCGCCGUGGAAGCGGCAGAGAAAAUGGUGCAGCCGCGGAAACUGGCCUUCUCAGACCCGUUUUCCAUCGUCUCGCAUGAAAUGUCCAACAUGGCCAAGCUGAUUGCGCAGUUGAUCGGGUCGGGCCACCCGACGCUCAAUCGUGUGUCGAGCUACUACUUCGAGGCCGAGGGAAAGAAUGUCAGGCCGUUGAUUGUGUUGCUUCUUUCCAAAGCAUUGCUGGCAAUUCCCAUCGAGGAGCGGGACCGUGUUCCCAUCGACUACUUGGACGUCACGGACCAGCCCGUGUACCCGGGAACGCCCCAGGAAACGGUGUUGGCCGGGCAGCUGCCAAACGAGUCCAUUUCGCCCUUGGCAAUUUUGCACGGCAUCAAUCCGCGGGUCAUUUUGGACCCCUUGUCCAAGCCCUUGGACAGGUUGCCCGAGCUUGAUGCGGCCAACGGAAUUUUGCCCAAGCAGCGGCGCUUGGCGGAGAUUGUGGAGAUGAUCCACACGGCGUCGCUUCUCCACGACGAUGUGAUUGACUUGUCUGACGCUAGAAGAGGCAGGCCAAGCGGCAACAUUGCCUUCACCAACAAAAUGGCGGUUUUGGCCGGCGACUUUUUGUUGGGCCGUGCGUCUGUGGCCAUUUCCCGCUUGCGCAAUCCCGAGGUGGUGGAGUUGAUUUCAACCUCCAUUGCCAACUUGGUGGAAGGUGAGUUCAUGCAGUUGAAAAACACCGUCCUCACCGACGACAAGACCGUCAACAACGACGGCGACGAGAAAGUUGUCCCCACGCCAACGGGGAAAGUCCCAGUGGAGCAGCACGAAUACUCUGUCGCCAGUCCGGGCCAGCUGGGCGAAAACGGCCAGGUUUCCCACGACACCAACGUCGACGCGGCCUUCGAGUACUACUUGCACAAAACAUACCUCAAGACUGCGUCGUUGAUGUCAAAGCUGGCGCGGUCUGCUGCUGUUUUAAGCGGCGCCAGAGAUAACGUUGUGGAUCUGUGCUACGACUUUGGCCGCAACUUGGGCUUGUGUUUCCAGAUUGUCGACGACAUGUUGGACUACACCUCAUCCGACGCGGCGUUCGGGAAACCCAGCCAGGCCGACUUGAAGUUGGGGCUUGCCACGGCUCCGGUUUUGUUUGCAUGGCGCAAAGAACCAAAGUUGGGUGCGCUCAUUGCGAGAAAGUUUUCCGAGCCGGGCGACGUGGAGAUUGCUCGGCGGGCUGUAGAACGCUACGACGGCGUGGCCCAGACACGCAAAAUGGCACAGGACUAUUGCAACCGGGCAUUGACCAGCUUGCGUGUUUUGCCCGAGCUGGACGCUCGUCUGGCCUUGGAGCUCUUGACCCACCUGGUUUUGACUAGAACAAACUGA